ACUCUUCACUCUUUCCCCCACUCUUCGCCAACUACUUCAAUCAUCAUAUAACUAUAAAUGUACACACUUAUGUUAAAACAUAGUAACUUAAUUCACUUAUCAUAACUUCUCUUAAACUGCUGUUCUGUAACCGGCAAUCAUGGAUAAAAAGUGUCCGAGGUUUCUUGCAGUUGUGCUACUUGGUGUAUUAUUUUUAUGUCCUCUAUGUUUAGCGGAUUCUGAAUUAUACUCAUCGGCAAAUUUUCCGACUACGGAGGCGGAGAGGUUGAUCAGGGGGCUGAAUUUGUUGCCGAAGGAUGUUAAUGUUGUGGAUCAAGAAAAUGAGUCCGGUGUGCCUCAGGGGAAGAAGAUUGUUGAGAGGAAGUUCAAGUUUCCGAAUUUAGUUGAUCCUGGUGGUGUUUCAGUUGAUGAUUUAGGACAUCAUGCGGGGUACUAUCAGAUUCAGCAUUCUCAUGCUGCUAAGAUGUUCUAUUUCUUCUUUGAAUCGCGUAACAGCAAGAACGACCCUGUUGUUAUCUGGCUGACUGGGGGACCUGGGUGUAGCAGUGAGUUGGCUCUCUUCUAUGAAAAUGGACCCUUCAGUAUCGCGAAAAACAUGUCUCUCGUGUGGAACGAGUAUGGAUGGGACAAGGUAUCAAACCUUCUUUAUGUCGACCAACCUACUGGGACAGGUUUCAGUUACAGCUCUGAUAAGCGAGACAUUCGCCACAACGAAGAUGGCGUUAGCAAUGACCUCUAUGACUUCUUGCAGGCUUUCUUCGUGGAGCAUCCUCAGUUUGCGAAAAACGAUUUCUAUAUUACCGGAGAAUCAUAUGCUGGACACUACAUUCCUGCAUUUGCUGCUAGAGUACACCAUGGAAACAAGGCUAAACAAGGAGCUCACAUAAAUCUCAAGGGAUUUGCGAUUGGCAACGGCCUUACUAAUCCAGAGAUUCAGUACAAAGCUUACUCGGAUUAUGCAUUGGAUAUGUCUAUAAUCAAAAAGUCCGACUAUGAACGCAUAAACAAAGUGCUUCCAGUUUGUGAAACUGCGAUAAAGCUUUGUGGCACAGAUGGAACAAUCGCUUGUAUGGCUUCUUACUAUGUAUGCAGCUCCAUAUUCAACUCCAUAAUGGCACUUGCUGGUGAUACUAAUUACUAUGACAUCCGGAAAAAGUGUGAGGGGAGGCUGUGUUACGAUUUUUCAAAUGCAGAAAAAUUCUUGAACAAGAAGUCAGUGAGAGAGUCACUUGGCGUUGGGGAUAUAGACUUUGUUUCUUGUAGCCCUACUGUGUAUCAAGCUAUGCUCGUCGACUGGAUGAGGAAUCUAGAAGCUGGCAUUCCUGCACUUCUGGAGGACGGAAUUAAAGUACUCAUAUAUGCUGGGGAAUAUGAUCUUAUUUGCAAUUGGCUUGGAAAUUCAAGAUGGGUUCAUGCCAUGGAAUGGAGUGGUCAGAAAGAAUUCGGAGGAUCAUCUGAAAUUCCUUUCGAAGUUGAUGGUUCUGCUGCAGGAGUGCUCAAAACUCACGGUCCUCUCAGUUUCCUCAAGGUCCAUGAUGCUGGCCAUAUGGUCCCUAUGGAUCAACCCAAAGCUGCUCUGGAGAUGCUAAAGAGGUGGACCGGGAGCAAACUUUCGGAAGUUUCAGCAGAGUCUCAAAACUUGGUUUCUUCUAUCUGAUCAAUUACCUCAUGGGGAGUUAGCCGCACCGACGAUCCCAGCCUGGUUUUUUUCACCUAUUGAUGGCAGUCUGUAAAUAUAUGUGAAAACAGAUGUUAGGGAUGUUUGUUAAUCAAAUAAGAUUCCACAUGUCAAAAAAAAAACUUUAAUUAGUUCAAUAUCGACUUCAAAGCUGCUCAA